AUGCUUCCAACUACCGAAGACGACCCCUCAAAACACAGUUACCCUUUAAGAGAGUCCCAAUCAAACCCAAAUGAAUCAUGGCCAAGCUCGGGUGACCACGCAGCACCUGCACCACAUGCAUCUGCUGCGCCGCCACUCUCCAAACACGCAACGCACAUCUACACCGUCUCCUAUUUAAUCUUCUUCUCGCUUCUGGGCACACUAGCUCGCCUAGGUUUACAGGCACUAACAUUCUACACAGGCGCCCCCGUCGUAACAGGGGUGCUAUGGGCGAAUGUAGGCGGAAGCCUGAUAAUGGGCUUUCUUAGCGAAGACCAGAAGCUAUUCCGCGAAGAAUGGGGUAAAAAACCAGCCAAAGAACCAGCUACAGACGAAGUCGAAGACGACCCCAAAGCCAAGAAUAAGAAACACCUAGCUGCGAAGAAAACCAUCCCACUGUAUAUUGGUCUGACGACCGGGUUCUGCGGCUGCUUCACCUCCUUCUCGUCCUUUAUGCGGGACGUCUUCCUCGCUCUGGCAAAUGCACUCCCCGAUCCGUCGCUGCCUACCGGAUCCCACCCUGCCUCCCGUAAUGGUGGAUAUAGCUUCAUGGCGUUGGUCGCUGUGAUCCUACUUACUGUGUCGCUGAGCCUGUCGGCGCUUAUCGCCGGCGCGCAUCUUGCCCUGGCUGUGGCGCGCGUAACACCCACCGUCCCCUUCGCGUUCACGCGACGUGUUCUCGACCGUGUGGUCGUCGUGCUUGCCUUCGGAUGUUGGCUCGGAGCCGUGUUCCUGGCUAUCUGGCCGCCAGACCGACAUAGUGGUUCGGAUGUGUGGCGCGGCCGGGCGGUAUUCGCUCUUGUCUUUGCGCCGCUUGGUUGUCUUCUUCGGUUCUAUGCCUCGUUGCAUCUGAAUAGUAGGAUUCCGACUUUCCCGCUCGGCACGUUCACGGUUAAUAUUUUUGGGACUAUCAUUGAGGGUCUUUGUUAUGACUUGCAGCAUGUUAGUGGUCUUGGAGCGGUGGUUCCUGCUGCGAUGACGGGUUGCCAGGUGCUGCAAGGUGUUAUGGAUGGAUUCUGCGGGAGCACAACUACUAUUAGUACUUGGGUUGCUGAGUUGAAAGGACUGGCUCAUCGGCGCCAUGCGUAUUUGUAUGGAAGUGCCAGUGUGCUUGUCGCGCUUGGGUUUUUGGUCGUUAUCAUGGGCUCGUUGUUGUGGACCCGUGGGUUUGCUGAGCCUGUAUGUGGAUAG